CGGGGGUCACCUGACCCGGCUGCGGGGCUUCGGGGACAGAAGGGAAGUCGUUGCGGCCGGAGGGGCACCUCAGAAGCUUCCGUCUCCGUCUCCGCCGUCGCCUCCUCGGUCUCCGCCGCCAGAGCUCUCGUCGCCCCCGGGCCCGUCGGAGCCGUCGAAGCCCGCUCCCCCUCCCCGACCCUCCCCUGCCCCGCACGAUGCCUUCGGAGAAGACCUUCAAGCAGCGCCGUACCUUCGAACAAAGAGUAGAAGAUGUGAGACUUAUUCGUGAGCAGCAUCCUACCAAGAUACCGGUGAUAAUAGAAAGAUACAAGGGUGAGAAACAACUUCCUGUACUGGAUAAAACCAAAUUCCUUGUACCAGAUCAUGUCAACAUGAGUGAGCUAAUCAAAAUAAUUAGAAGGCGCCUACAGCUGAAUGCUAAUCAAGCUUUCUUCCUGUUGGUGAAUGGACACAGCAUGGUGAGCGUUUCAACACCUAUUUCUGAAGUGUAUGAAAGCGAGAAGGAUGAAGAUGGAUUCUUGUAUAUGGUAUAUGCCUCUCAGGAGACAUUUGGAAAAUCUUCAGUGUAAGACCUAGUACAAAGCUUCUAUACUAGAAUUUUUUAAGCCCUCACCCAGGAAAAAAGGGAUGUUACCAACUGAGAUUGUUCAGUUCAUCUAAUCACAGUUCACCAAAAUAGAAAUACUACCACCUUAGGGGUUUUUAGUAAGUUGUCUCUUGUAUUACAUGCAUAUGUAAUAAUACAUGUUCAAUUCCAAAAGCAUAUACAGUACAACUUUGGAAAACUCCUGUUUCAUCUUAGGAUAUCUUGGUUUUAAGUUUUAGGUUUAGAAACAUACCUUGCAUUCUAAGUUGCCAAUAAAAUGGGACAUUUGAAUUGCUGUAGUGACUUUUUUUAAAAAUAGGAAUUUCAGUUCCAGUGGUAACGUUUUAAGCAUUUAAUGAAACAAGCCUUUGUUCAUGGAAACUGCUAAUUUUUAUAGGAACAUUUCUCUUUAACUGUGUAUCUUUAAGUAGCCUUGUCAAAUGUCAUAUCUAUUUUUUUAAAGUCCAUUUACCAUCAGUGGUUGCAGCAAAACAGGGUAAAUGGGGGGGCAAAAAAGUCUAGCUUAUUCUGGAAUGGAUGCAUAGAUUCCAAUUUAGUAAACCACCGACUUCCUUGCUGUCACUUAUUUGUUUUCUGUAUAGUCAUACAGAGAAACACCAUGGAUUCUAUGGGUAAACUGAAUGAUUUCUUUUAAAUGCUUGGCUUCCAAAAAGUUCCGGAGAACAGAGGGAUGGCAUUUCUUAUAUUACCGAUUUGCUCUGAUUUAGAGACUCUCAAACCAGUUCACUAAACAGUUGCACCAGAAUAAGUCUUUGCUGAUGCAGUUAGAAAUUACAUCCUAGAACUUUGGAGCAUUAAAAUUCAUUUUGCACUCCCUUGACCUUUUGGGUUAAGUUUGUAGUCUGAUUUGUUAUGUUUCAAGUGGAAAAAGUAACUGCUUCACUAAAAUACUUUAUUAAAAUUUUAACUGUAAGCAUACUUCAGCUAUCACUGUUAAUCAUAAAAACUCCUCCAACCAGUUUACGUGCAUGUCAUUUUGUAAAGGAGAAUGUAGCAAAGGGGUAAAAGCUGCUUUCAACAACGUCAUUUUAUUUAAUAUCUUGAACAAAGGACUAUAAGUGCUUCCUGCUACUUGCAUGGGGUUGACAACUUAUUUUCAUGGAGUGUCACAAAAAGUUCAUUGUUACACCAGUUGAGCUGAAGUAUGUAUGUAGCAAGCAGAUCAGCAGAAAUUUCCCUUGUAUAUUUAGAUGUGUGUGAAAUAUCUACAACUGUUAGUGAAAGUUAUGUACUAUAAUGGAGAAAAGCAAUAUUACUGCACCUUGGCACUAUAGUUAAUAAAUGUAUACAACUUGUU